CCAUUCAUCGUUACUUGUUCAUCUUUUUCCAAACCCUAAAUCGCUCUUCCAAAAGUUCUUACGAUUCUCUCUUUCAAGAUGCAAAUUUUCGUGAAAACACUCACUGGCAAGACCAUUACUCUCGAGGUUGAGAGCUCUGACACCAUUGACAAUGUUAAGGCAAAGAUUCAGGAUAAGGAAGGUAUUCCUCCGGACCAGCAGAGAUUGAUCUUCGCUGGUAAACAGCUGGAGGAUGGUCGUACCUUGGCCGAUUACAAUAUCCAGAAGGAAUCAACGCUACAUUUGGUUCUCAGGUUAAGAGGUGGUAUGCAGAUUUUUGUGAAGACGUUGACUGGAAAAACCAUCACUUUGGAGGUUGAAAGUUCAGAUACUAUUGAUAAUGUUAAAGCUAAGAUUCAGGAUAAGGAAGGAAUCCCUCCGGAUCAGCAGAGGCUUAUCUUUGCUGGUAAGCAGCUUGAAGACGGUCGCACACUCGCUGAUUACAAUAUCCAGAAAGAGUCUACCCUCCAUUUGGUGCUUCGUCUCAGAGGUGGUAUGCAGAUUUUUGUGAAGACCCUCACUGGAAAGACCAUUACUUUGGAGGUUGAGAGCUCAGACACUAUCGAUAAUGUUAAAGCUAAGAUCCAGGACAAGGAAGGGAUCCCACCAGACCAACAGAGACUCAUCUUCGCUGGGAAACAGCUUGAGGAUGGUCGGACUUUGGCUGAUUACAACAUCCAGAAGGAAUCUACCCUUCACCUUGUGUUGCGUCUUCGUGGUGGUAUGCAAAUAUUUGUGAAAACUUUGACAGGCAAGACCAUAACGUUGGAGGUUGAGAGCUCAGACACAAUCGAUAACGUCAAGGCUAAGAUUCAGGACAAGGAGGGAAUCCCACCAGACCAACAGAGGCUCAUCUUCGCUGGUAAACAGCUCGAGGAUGGUCGGACUUUGGCUGACUACAACAUCCAGAAGGAAUCUACCCUUCACCUUGUGUUGCGUCUUCGUGGUGGUAUGCAAAUAUUUGUGAAAACUUUGACAGGCAAGACCAUUACGUUGGAGGUUGAGAGCUCAGACACAAUCGAUAACGUCAAGGCUAAGAUUCAGGACAAGGAGGGGAUCCCACCAGACCAACAGAGACUCAUCUUCGCUGGUAAACAGCUCGAGGAUGGUCGGACUUUAGCUGAUUACAACAUCCAGAAGGAGUCGACUCUUCACUUGGUUCUUCGUCUUCGUGGUGGAAGCUUCUGAGCUUUGUGAUCUGUGGUCAAAACUGGUGUUGUUCGAUUGAGCCUCGUGCACUUGUGUGGUGAUGUCUGCAAAAGAAGAAGACUUUCUCUAUCGUAUGGAAUGUUAGAUGUUUCAUUUACUGUUUUCCUUAUGUUCUUUUUGUUGUGAACCUUUCGGUUGGGCUUUUAAUGGGCCUUUAUGUUUCAAAUUUCAAUAAUAAUCCAAGUGCACUUUA